AUGGUCGCCCCCUCAAUACGUGUGGCCCCCUCCGCCGCCAACAAAGCCCUCAACCUGUUGCGCACCGUCCAGUACACCCAUCCUCCUUCAUGUCCCUGUCAUUCCAAUCCCAACCACCACCACCAUCACACCCCAUCUCUGGCCAAACAGGUGCGCCGACAUCUGGCCACCCCCGUCGAUGCCUCCCGUCAGAAAGAGUAUGCCUUUGAAAUGGCCGCCUCCAGUAUCCGUUUCGGCCCCGGCGCUACCAAGGAGGUCGGCAUGGACUUUGCCAACAUGAAGGCCAAACGCGUGUGUAUCGUCACCGAUGCCAACGUCUCCAAGUUGGAUGCCAUGAAGCAGGCCGUCGAGGGCUUGACGCGCGAGGGCAUCGAGUUUACCAUCUAUGAUAAGGUCCGGGUGGAGCCCAAAGAUAGCUCGGUCAAGGAUGCCAUUGCGUUCGCAAAACCGUAUAACCCCGAUGCCUUCCUUGCUGUUGGUGGUGGCUCCGUCAUCGACACCGCCAAACUCAUGAACCUCUACACCGUCUACCCGGAUGCCGACUUCCUCGACUUCGUCAAUGCCCCCCUGGGCAAGGGCUUGCCCGUCACCAAAGCGCUGCGCCCCCUGGUCGCCGUGCCCACCACCGCCGGCACUGGCUCCGAGACCACGGGCACCGCCAUCUUCGAUCUCGUCGCCAAAAAGGCCAAGACGGGCAUCGCCCACCGCAACCUCAAGCCGACCCUGGGCAUCUGCGACCCGCUCAAUACCCGUACCAUGCCGUCCGCCGUGCAUGCCGCCUCCGGCCUCGACGUGCUCUGCCACUCGCUCGAGUCCUGGACCGCCAUCCCCUACCACGAGCGCACCCCACGGCCCGAUAACCCCAUCAACCGCCCCGCCUACCAGGGCGCCAACCCCAUCUCCGACAUCUUCUCACUGCAGGCCCUGCGCAGCACCGUCAAGUACCUGCCCCGUGCCGUCCGCGACCCGGACGACUUCGAGGCCCAAUCCCAGAUGCUACUCGCCGCCACCCUGGCCGGCGUCGGCUUCGGCAACGCCGGCGUCCACCUCUGCCACGGCAUGAGCUACCCCAUCUCCAGCCAGAACCCGGGCUACCGCCACGCCGGCUACGCCGUCGACCACCCCAUCAUCCCCCACGGCGUCUCCGUGGCCGUCACCGCCCCGGCCGUCUUCCGCUUCACCGCCGCCUCCAACCCGGACCGCCACCUGGCCGCCGCCGAGGCCUUUGGCGUCGACAUCUCGACCGUCAAGCGCGAGAGCGCCGGAGAGGUGCUCGGCGAGGCCAUCGCCCAGUUUCUGGUCGAGCUGGGGGACCAGCCCCGGGGACUGAAGGAUCUCGGCUUCCAGGCCUCGGACAUCGACUCGUUGGUGGAGGGCACGAUCCCGCAGAAGCGGGUGCUGAUGCUGGCGCCGAACCUCAAUGCCGAGCUGGAGCGGGAGCGGGAGGAGCUGCGCGGGUUAUUGGAGCAGUCGUUGGAUUAUUAG